CAACUCACCAUGCAGUCACCUCCUCGAAUCCGCAUGCCCAACGCUUUGAGCGUCUCGAAAGAGAGCUCUAGCAAUCCUGCGCUAUGACGCGGCCCGAUCUUUGGUACAAGCUGCACCGGAAACCAACCCCCGACACCGAUUUUGAGCCCCCCGAAGACGCACAUGAGCCGAGCGCUGACCCGUCGCCUUCUCCUCGAAAGCGUCGUCGAAUUGGAUCCGCCGACCUGCGCGACCGCGACCGCAGGGCACAUCUCGAUGGCCAGUACCGCGAUGCCUACCGGGUCUUGUUCAACGAAGCCGUGAACGAUGCAGCUGCACGAUUCGCCCAGCACGAUUCUGACCAGCCCGAAAGCUCCCAAUUUGGGGCAUCAAUAUGGUCCGCCGAGGAGCAGCAGUUGUUCUUUGGGGCCCUGGAAAGACUGGGCAAGGAUGAUAUACCGGGCAUUGCACGAGCGGUUGGAACGAAGAGCAUCCCAGAAACGCGGGAAUUCCUCUUGAUCCUUCGGAAUGCCGCUGCUGAGUGGGAGGUGAAGCCACGCCCGCGCGAUGCAAAGGGAAAGCAAACGGGCGGACAGCAGACGGAGAUCGCUGCUGCGAUAGAAAUUGGUGGCGAGUGCGAGCGUCACCUAGAGCUGGCAGGCGAUGCUCUAGCAUGGUAUCAGGAGCGCGAUGAGGCAAAGCAGGAGCUGGAGCGUCAUGGUAGGUGUUGGCUCAUAACGCCCGAGAUAGCAGAAGAGGUCGAGGAUGCAAUUCGCACUGCCCGACUACUUGACUACGAAGACGACGACUACCGUUCAGGAGACCACUCCGACGUUCCAGAAGUCAAUCAGGACGUUCCAGAAGUCAUCCAGGACAUUCCAGAAGCAAAACUUCUCGUGCCCGAGGCUCUUCUUUGGCUUUCGAAGUUUUACUUCAUGAAUCCACACCCAGCCGUGCAAUACCCCUGGCCGCACUGGACGGAGCUUGCAUCGGAAAUCGCUAGGGAACCAUCAAUAUACCGCACGGCCUUCAGUGAUUUCUAUAGGCUGGUUGUCUCGCUUACUAAGCGGCUUGUGCAAGCAGCUAUUAUUCAAGCGACCUCCAGGAUCCGGUCGCAAGGACUUCGGGUCCAGAAGGGUAGCCUCCCUUUCAUAAAGAGAAGAGAUGCCCUUGCUGCCAUCGACAUUCUAGGGCUGAAGAGAAAUGCAAGGGACAGGUGGAGGGGGGUGGCGAGACGUUGUGGUCUUCGAGUGUUGCAGGCUAAGCCGAGCCUCGUAGUCUCGGGUAGAGGAGCGAUAGAGGUCCCAUGGGAUGAAGUGGAGCAGGCUCUAGCGUCUGUUGAGCUCCCGAUGGAGCCUAUCAGUGCGGACGAAGAAACAGCUGAACUUAUAUCAGGAACGGGAGGUCAGGACUUCAAGGCCAGAGCUGUACGCAGCGGGACACCGCUUCCCACCGCUCAGCCCGUCUCCUCUGAUGACUCCGAAGAAGACCACGACCCGGACAACACAGAUGAAGAUGAGCAGUCAGAUGCGUUCCAACCACCAUCCAAUCGAUCUUCUGAGAGCACCAAUCUGCCCUUACCUAAGCCUGCAGAGCACACAUCCCACCACCUAGAGCUUGAUCUUGAUCUCGAGCUCGAGAACGAGAACGAGAGACUGGAAGACCUUGAUCGGAAAGCGAGCGGGCAAGAAGAGCAACAUCUCCUGAGUGUCCUCGGCAUUAGUUCCUCUGGGAGCCUAACCUCAGUCUCAGCCAAACGCAAACGCGGCGGCCAACCAGGACGCAAGCUUUCAGGAAACAAGCCCAUUGAUGAGGCUGAUGAUUGGCGGAGCUGGACCCGCUACCACGCUGAGUGGGAGGAAUUUCGCAGCCCCUUACCCGCCUCUAGCUUUCUCCGAAACCAGAAGCAGGACAGCCCUGCCAGACUUCUCGAAUCUGCCCUACCGGACGAUUCAGAGUCUAGUGUCAGCAGCGGUCAGUCUUCUAGCUCUUCUAAGCGGAACACAAGCAGGGCUGGUAGGAUCGAAAUACCCGUUCGGGGCGCACGGGCAUAUGCGGCUAUGCAAGAACGAUUUUCCCUCUCUGAGGAACCAGAGCCUGAUCAACUUCCAUCUGAUGCAGAGUCAAGGUACCCGGUACAGUCCGUCGAAGGUAUAGACGACCAGGCAUCAGUGCCUGCAACAUCCGAUGAUGAUGGAAUGGACUGGGAUGCCGGCUCGGAUGGCGUCUAAGCUUAUUUGACAUGCUCACCAUCUUCAGCACCUCUCGUAGAACCAGGCAUACGGACGGGAACUACGCGAAUCUGGUAUCUGCGCUUCUGAUGCCCAGGUGUACCGCUCGCCAUUUGCCGAACUCUCUCAUCAUCUAUCCGAUCGGCAAAAAUUACCGAGCCCAUGUGCAUGGGAUCUUAUCUCGAGAGAAGUGGAAACGGCCUAGGGUGGAUUCCUUCAACACUUAGUAUAUAUGAAAUUGAAUAUAUCGCUCACUCUAUAUCACAACACAACUGGGCAGGGUUUAGUUCGCCUGACGGACACACGGAUCCGACAACCAGUGAGACGUAAAUCCGGCAAAAUGGCUGGAGACUGAAU